CCUAAGCACCAACGCUAUCACAUGGAGCGGUCUUGCAGCCAAGCGAUUAUUAGAACGAAAGCGUCAGUAAAUAUUUCGAAAUUACAGCAAAAACAGUACAACAAUUAGUACAAGCACGAAAACACAGAGAUCUCAUACGAUAUAGUUACAUAUGUAUGUGUGUACGAAGUACGAAUGUGCAUAUGAGCAAAAACAAGCGGAAAUGAUGAACUCUUUCGAUGUGCUGGUGAAAUUUCUAUUGACGCUUUUAUCCAUUAGCCCCACAUAUCCACAAAUUGGCACCUUCGCUGCUCCAGUCACGGCGACCCACGGCCAUUGGAAGUUGAUAGCGCGCGACGGUUGGAGUGCACGUCCGCCCAAAGAGCGCAAAACCUUUGUCGGUCCUGCACCUUUCGUUAUCAUUCACCACUCGUACCAGCCAGGCGUUGCACAAACGACAGACGAUUGUCGAGUGGCAAUGCAACAGAUGCAGGACUCUCAUAUGGAUGAGCGGCAUUGGGCAGACAUUGGCUACAGUUUCGCCGUUUGUGGUGAUGGCAAUGUGUACGAGGGUCGCGGCUAUGAAGUGGUUGCAGCCCACGCGCCACUCUACAACAAUCGUAGCAUUGGACUAUUGCUAAUUGGAGAUUUUACCGACCAACUGCCACCGGCGCCAAUGAUGAAGGUGGCGCAGAAUUUUAUAAAAUACUCACUCGAAGCUGGCCACUUGCGUGAGGACUACAUUUUGUAUGGGCAUCGGCAGGUGCGCAAUGGCACCGUCUGUCCGGGCGAUGCGCUUUAUGCAGAGAUACAAAAUUGGUCACACUGGCAAAAUGAUGUGGAGGUUAAAGCGUAUCCGCCCGUGUACGUACCUGCGAGCGUGGAUGUGGUUGUGACCGAGAAAAAUUGCAUUAAGGCAGCGAAAAUAGAGCGAAAUAACGCCGUCAUAAAUACCGACAACGCGCACCAGCCGAAAAAUCACUGCACAGAAAUAAGCAGCAACAACAAACCAACCGUUGAAACAAAAGCCGUUGAAAAUUUUAAUAUUGCGAUGCGGUGGAAAAUGUUUGAUGCACGCACCGAACGAACUUCGACGUUUGCAAGGGCUGCUGGGGCCGUAGGAUGCAGAACCUCAACGCACCAGCUGGUAUUGUUGGUUAGCUUGCUUUUGGCCGGCAACAUGGCCAUGUUUACUUCUAUCAACACGAUUGAAGCUUGUGCUUUACCCAAACAACACAGCAAACGAUACACCGAAAGCCUCGGGGGGGAUGUAACAAGCAACCAAAUAUUGGGCUACAUGCGUGACUGGCGCCUAAUCAGGCGCGCCGAAUGGAAUGCACGCACACCCACCGAAAUCGCCAAUUUCACCGGACCCGCGCCCUUUGUUAUCCUACAUCAUUCCUAUCAGCCGGGCGUUUGCCAAACGGAAGACGCCUGCAAAGCAGCAAUGCGUUCCAUGCAGAACUACCAUAUGGACCAACAUGGUUGGCCGGACAUUGGCUAUAGCUUUGCAGUUGGCGGUGAUGGCAAUGUGUACGAAGGUCGCGGCUAUGAAGUGGUCGGUGCUCAUGCGCCAAACUACAAUAGCCGCAGUAUUGGUCUACUCUUAAUUGGUAAUUUUAUGGAGGAGCUACCGCCAGCGCCUAUGCAACAAGUUGCGCAGGACUUUAUUGAAUAUUCUAUGGAGGGCGGACAUUUGCCCAAAGAUUAUAUUUUGUAUGGACACCGGCAGGUCCGUGAUACGGAAUGCCCUGGUGAUGCGCUGUACGCGGCGAUAAAAGAGUGGCCGCACUGGAAAGAGCUUGACUUUCAUUGACUAAUUUGAAGGGCAUUUUUGUCUUCCUAAUGAUUAACAAGAAAAUUGUAUUAUUUUUAUUUGUCGUUUAUUUAAUGUGAAUUUGUGAAAGGUAUUUUUGAAAUAAAGGGUUUUCCAAUAACAGGUAUUAUUUGGAAUUGGAUUGCGCUAUCGAUAGAUGAUUAACGAUUUUUUAUGGCCGGAAUUGGAUGGUAUUGAUAUGGACAACGUUUAUUUUCAACAAGACGGCGCUACGUGCCACAUAAGCAACGAACCCAUUAGUCUUUUACGGGAAAAGAUUCCAGACCGUGUUAUCUCUCGAAGAGGUGAUCACAAUUGGCCUUCGAGAUCUUGUGAUUUAACACCUUGUGACUUUUUUCUUUGGGGCUACGUGAAAGAGAAGGUCUACGCCAACAGCCCAGGGUCGAUUCAAGACCUCAAAGAUGGUGAGGUUAUCAAGGACAUAGGGCAGCCACUUUGCAAUUCGGUUAUGGAAAAUUUCAUAAAAAGGAUAUUGUCCUGUAAGCGUGAUUGUGGUGGACAUUUGCCUGAUGUUAUUUUCCACUAUUAACGGCAUACCUUCCUCUUUAUAAUGAAAUAAACAUCCGAUCAUUUAUAUUAAAAUAUAGCAUUUUUCUUUGAAUACCAAAAUAACACCUCUUAUAGGAAAACCC